AUGGCUUCCCUGGAUGAUGGGAACCACACUACAGUGACAGAGUUCAUUUUAUUGGGUUUAACAGAUGACCCAGUUCUUAGAGUCGUCCUCUUCAUCAUCAUCCUGUGCAUCUACCUGGUGACUGUGUCUGGGAACCUCAGCACCAUCCUUCUCAUCAGAGUCUCUUCCCAGCUCCAUCACCCCAUGUACUUUUUUCUCAGCCACUUGGCUUCUGUUGACAUAGGCAUUUCAUCUUCUGUCACACCCAAUAUGCUUGUUAACUUCCUGCUGGAGAGAAACACAAUUUCUUUCCUUGGAUGUGGCAUCCAGCUUGGCUCAGCUGCUUUUUUUGGAUCAACUGAGUCAUUUCUUCUGGCUGCCAUGGCUUAUGAUCGCUUCAUGGCAAUCUGUAACCCACUGCUUUAUUCAACCAAAAUGUCCACACAAGUCUGUAUCCAAUUGCUUGUGGGAUCUUAUGUAGGAGGAUUUCUUAAUGCUUCCUCUUUUACACUUUCCUUCUUUUCUUUUCUCUUCUGUGGAUCAAAUAAAGUCAAUCACUUUUUCUGUGAUUUUACUCCUUUAGUUGAACUCUCCUGUUCUGAUAACAAUGUCCUCCUAAUUCUUGAUUCAUUUUCCGCUGGCUCCAUCAUUGUGAUCACAGUGUUUAUCAUAGCCAUCUCCUACACCUACAUCCUCAUCACCAUCCUAAAGAUGCGCUCCACUGAGGGUCGACACAAGGCCUUUUCCACCUGCACCUCCCACCUCACAGCAGUCACUGUGUUCUAUGAACUGUUACAUUUAUUUAUGUGAUGCCAAAGUCCACCUACUCCACAGACCAAAACAAGGUGUUGUCUGUGUUUUACAUGGUAGCAAUCCCCACGUUGAACCCCCUCAUCUACAGCCUUCGGAAUAAUGAGAUUAAGACUGCCCUGAAGAGACAACUUAGUAAAAAACAUUU